AUGGAUGCAUAUAAGAAAGAAAAAUUUGAACAAUUAUUGGAAAUGGAAACAAUUCGUACAAUUUAUGAUCAAGAAGUUGAUAAUUUGGACAAUAUUUGGCACGAAAGUACAGCUAAAACGAUAAAAUCAGGAAAGCCAACAACGUCUAGUUCAGUUGUUGACAAACGGGAUAAUAACAUGAAGGAACGAUUUAAAUGGUCGAAAAAGAAAGUAAAAAAUGGAAAAAAAGAUGCAAUGAAUAGAGAUGAAUUAAUUCGAACAGAAGCACGUUUACAAUAUGAAGAUAUUAAAAAAGAUAAUCGACGAAGAUUAACGGAUGAUAGAGCAUAUUAUACAAAAAUUAAAAAAGAAACAGCAAAAAACAUGCCAAUAGUAGAUAGAGAAAAAUUGGGAAAAACAUUAAGACCAAGAAAAAAACUUGAACAAAAAGAAGACAUUGAUCCAUUGUUGGCGAAAACGAUUAGCAUUCUAAAUCAAGAACAGAUUGAUAUUCAUCAUGAAAUGUUACGUACGAAAAGAUUUGCUAAAUUUGAAAAAAUGGAUCAAUUGGAAAAAUGGUCCAAAACAUUGAAAGAAACACGGACAAAAACACGAAACGAUCGUAACAAAGAAUUUUUUGGUGAACCAGUUAAAAUUUUAGAUAUACCGGUGAUCGAUGAUGAUGAUUUAGCUUUCGAUUUCGAACCGGAAGAAGAAACAGCUAUUAUUGAUAAACUGUGGUGGACACCACAACAACCGGAACAAGAACUGUGGUGGACACCACAACAACAACAACAACCACAACCACCAUCGCAACAACCACAACAACCGGAACAAGAAUCAUGGUGGAAACCAGAAUCGUGGUGGAAACCACAAACACAACCAAAACCGGAACCAAAACCAGAACCAAAACCGGAAUUAAAAGAUGAUAUAGUUAUAAUAGAACAUGUGCAUGUCUAUGUGGAUCAUAACGGUAACAUAAUUAAAAAAGAAGAAAUACAAGAAGAAAUCAUUGCUAGUGAUAAUACAUUUACUGGAAAAAAAUCAUACAAAAAGAUGCAAAAACUUAUUAAACCAGAUGAUGCCGAACCGGGCUUUACAUCAUCAACAAGUAAAUCAUCCAGAAUGCCAUUUAGAACACGUCCAUUUACAUCCCAAACAGACAAAAAUCCAAGUAGAUUUACAUCAUUCCAAGGACAUCAUUCAACAACAUCAUCAGGGAAGCCACCACCACCAGACGAAAUAAUCAAACGUUUACGAAAACAACAACUAGCAAAGCCAAAAUCAAAUCUGCUUCAAUUAGAAUGGAAAGAUGGACUACAAGAAGAUGAUGAAACAAAAGAUAUAUACAUUGGUGAUGAUGUCGAAAGAUCUGAAACAACAACAGAAUCAGCCAACGAAAUGGUCGAAUCAGGGAAUAUCGAUCAAUGUAAACAACAACAAUCAUCAUCAUCACAAUUAAAUAAUGAAUCGACGACAACGGAAAAGAUUAGAAAAUCAUUGAAACAAAUAGUCCUUUCAACAGCAACAGAAUUAUCACCUGGAAAUCAACAAUACAUCAAUUUCGAUGAAAAAUUUAUCGGAUAAAAAAUAAUAAAAACUUUAAUUUUUAAUUUUAAUGAAUUUGAAUGGGUUGUUGA